ACUAGAACGUAUUCCUACACCCCACACCGCACUAUCCCCUCCACACUCUUCAUUCCUCCUACAACCCCUCCAUACACCGACUUUGAAGAAGAAGAAAAAAAGAACAUCACAAACAACCAACAUGUCCGGCCAACAAACCCGCCAAUGGGUCCUCGCGAACCCGCCCAAGGCCGACCCCGUCCUCGACGGCCCCAACGCCACCUUCUCCCUCACCACGACCACCCUCCCCAAACUCGGCGCCGACGAAGUCCUCGUCAAGGUCCUCUACCUCUCCAACGACCCCGCGCAGCGCGGCUGGAUCCAAGACGGCAUGGACCCGGAGCGACUGUACACGGAGCCCGUGGUCAAGGGCGACGUGAUGCGGUCGUACGCCGUGGGCGAGGUCGUCGAGUCGAACUCGGAGGCGCUCAAGGUCGGACAAUUGGUGACGGGGUCGGCGGGGUGGACCGAGUACGCGGUGUUGAAUGCGAAGGAGGUGCGUGCCGUCCAGGCGGACGAGAAGUCUGGGAUCAGGCCUACGCACUUUGUCGGUGCGCUCGGUGGCACCGGGUUGACGGCGUACUAUGGGCUUGUUGACAUUGCAGAGGCGAAGGCGGAGGAUGUAGUCGUGGUUUCUGGGGCUGCGGGCGCGACGGGGAGUAUGGUGGUGCAGAUUGCGAAGCACAUUGUUGGUGCUAAGAGGGUUAUUGGCAUUGCGGGUGGGGAGAAGAAGUGUAGGUGGGUGGAGAGCUUGGGUGCGGAUGUCUGUGUUGAUUAUAAGGCGGCGGAUUUCAAGGAGCAGCUGAAGAAGGCGACGGAUGGUUUCGUGGAUGUUUACUUUGAUAACGUCGGUGGUGAGAUCUUGGAUCUCAUGUUGACGAGGGUCAAGAGGUUUGGUCGUAUCGCUGCUUGCGGUGCCGUCUCUACAUACAACUCAUUUGGUGAGGGUGGAGUCAAGAACUGGUUCGAGAUCAUCGUCAACCGAAUUACCGUCAAGGGUUUCAUUGUCACCGAUGCCAUCAUGUCAGGCAAGACUGGACCCAUGAUCCAGAACAUAGUCCAGAAGAUCAAGGAGGGUAAGAUCAAGAUCGGUGAGGACAGCGAGACCGUUGUGCCCACUGCUUUCGAGGACAUCCCCAAGACGUGGACAUUGCUCUUCUCUGGAGGUAACACCGGAAAGCUCGUCACACAGAUUAAGUGAAGAGAAAGUGAUACCCGUAUCUAAAAUCGAGAAAGUAUCCGAAGACGGGAAAAGAGGUCACUUGACGUUGGAUUAAGGCUUUUCGCAUAUUCCACUAUCGGAUACCACCCCAGCAGUCAGCACUUAUAUGUGCUUGAACCAAUUAGCAAUUGCAAAGAAAUAUAAACAUUCCAGGCAUCACCGUCUCACGGAGGGGUGAAAUGAUCUCAUACAAUCAAAACGACGUCUUAUUUCAAUCGCAUUAUGACAUGGUGCAUCAAGGCCUCCUCACUCUCUCGCUGUA